AAUGGGCCGUCGGCGCCCCACAGCUGAUUCUAUGAUCCGGGAAGGUCAAGCCACCCCUCCCCUACGAAACAGCUGCAUAGGGCAGACAGGCAGAGCCCCUCGAGCACCUGUCUCCGAAAAGACUGCGGCCUCUGCUACUCCGGCCUGCGGCCCUGGCGGUGUAGGGAUUUCGCGCUCCUCGCGGGCCACGCCCUUCAGCCUCCUCAUAGGCUCCCCCGGAACACUUGGGAAGGAACCUGGGCGUGGCGAGCCUGGGGCGCGGCCUCCGGGUGGGCCUGAGAGGCCGGCUGACUCGGGCCUGAGGCCGCAUGGACAGCCUGGCGCUGGGUCAGUGGCGACGGCGGAAGCCGGAGGAGCUGCCGGUUCCGGGGGACGCGAAACGGGCAUGCCGGAGGUCAGAAGCCAGCAGGCAGGAGACUGGCUGCCACCAGGAGAGCACAUGCACCCUGGUGUCCUGGAGCACAGAGGACCAGGGGCCUCAAUCAAGAGGUUGCCCCUCUACACAGUGGCCAGAAGGUGCCCAGGGCAGACCACGCUCAGUGAUUUCUCAAAAUGGUGGAAGAAGCUCAGCCCAGCCUUGCCCAAGAUGUAUCGCGGGGGAAUCUGGGCAUUUUAACCACACUGAGAACCGUUAGAAGAUGCAAACUGGAAAAGGGAAGAUUCCAAUUUUGGCUCUGAAUCCUCUGUGUGACAGCAAAUGUAAAUCCCUUGCAGAUGGGUUUGGGCGCCCACCUGUUCAAACAGCAGCCUGGCGCUCUCUGCUGGGGGAUUGUUUGCCCUCUCGUUCAGGUAAUCCCUGCGUCCUCUGCACAAGAGCCUACAGAGCCUGCGUUACUUCUAGAGAGCCCCUAAGUCGUUAUGACUCACUAUAGCUGCCUUUCAAACGUGUCUUGCUGGAGAGGGAAAUCAGCUGAAUUAUUUAAAAGUUAAAAAAGUUCUGUAUCAACCCCCCUGUGAGGUUUGGGAGCCCUGUGGCUCAGGGAAUCAUAUCCAGAUGUUGCCUUGCUUUUAUACUUUGGGAUUGUUUUGUAGAUGUAUCCAGGGCUACUCACAUACUCUUUUUAAUUAAAAGACUUAUUUUUUAUAUUUAAAAUGC